GGGGAAAGUCUUCAGGAUGCAUCACACACCAGCAGCACGACUCCUGGCCUCCAAGCAAGAUGGCCCACUCCUACAGUAGUCCAUUGGUGAGCUCGUGUGGUUCCACUAAGGUCCUCUAUUUUACAGACCACUCACACACACCCUGCAUGAUCCACAUCAACAAGAGGUUGGGGAAAGUAACUCUGAGAGAUGUGAAGACGGCAGUAGACAGAGAUGACAACCACAGAUUCCACUUCAAAGCCCUCGACCCCGAGUUUGGUACCGUCAAAGAAGAGGUAUUUGAAGACGAGGCGUUGGUUCCAGGCUGGGAGGGGAAGAUAGUGGCCUGGGUGGAGGAGGACAACGGAGAGGAGAGGAUUAAAGGCCCUAGCUGCUGAGGAACUAAAGGCCCUAGCUGCUGAGGAACUAAAGGCCCUAGCUGCUGAGGAACUAAAGGCCCUAGCUGCUGAGGAACUAAAGGCCCUAGCUGCUGAGGAACUAAAGGCCCUAGCUGCUGAGGAACUGAAGGCCCUAGCUGCUGAGGAACUGAAGGCCCUAGCUGCUGAGGAUCUAAAGGACCUACAGUUGAAGUCGGAAGUUUACAUACACUUAGGUUGG